UGUACGGUGCGCUGUCAGAAGUUCCUCAUCUCUCGUGUUGGUGAAGACUGGAUCUUCCUCAUCCUCCUGGGUCUACUCAUGGCUCUGGUCAGCUGGGUGGUCGACUUCGCUAUCGCCAUCUGUCUACAAGGUAAAGGAGGAGGGAGUUGGAAGGGAGGGAAGGUGAGGUAGACUUGGUCUAAUGAUGGCUCUGGUCAGCUGUACACUCUGUUCCUUUGGCUGAAUCAUUUCAUCUGACGCCUCUCCUGCAUGCAGCUAAAUAAGACAUUAAACCACUCCAGAUCAUUUCAGACACUGUGGCUUACGCACGCACACCCCUCAAACCAGGGUGUGUGUGUUCAUGAUGAGCUGCAGUGCAGAUUAAUGUCUCCCUGAGCUGCAGGUGUGUGUUUGUGUGUACGAUUAGCUUAAAUCUGGUUUAAUGUCAUCUUUGCAGCAUGACACUGUGUUUGUGUGUGUAGCAUGUAUGCUGUGUGUUCAGAAGGUGUGUGGGUGUCAAUGUGCUUUAUCUUCAGUCAAACACACAUUUACACACAUUGCUGCGGUGUGUCAGGUGGCAGACUGAUGCAUGUGGAGAAAGUGAAGCGGGGAGAAGAGUGAGUCAUUUAGAAGCAAGACGCUCAUCCCCCCUUUCUACACACACGCGCACACAUACACACGCACGCACACACACAUACGCACACAUACACACGCACAUAUACACACACUUUUGAUCUCUCCCUGUAAACUUUUGGGAGAGUCCUGCGGGUUCUACUGUUGUCAGAUAUUUGGUCACUGUACUAAUGAGUAGGGCUGGGAUUUGCCAGGGACAUAACGAUAUGAUAUUAUCACGAUACUUAGGUGCCGAUACGAUAUGUAUUGCGAUUCUCAUGAUUUCUAUAUGUUUUCACGAUUUAUAUAUUGGAUGUACUUUUACUUUAUGAUUGACAUCAAGUUGAUAUUGGUCUGUGUGCGUGUCCACAGCACAGAAGUGGAUGUAUGGAGGCCUGGAGAGUAAUGUGUUUCUCCAGUACCUGGCCUGGGUCACCUACCCUGUGGUGCUUAUAACCUUCUCAGCUGGCUUCACACAGAUACUGGCCCCACAGGCCGUAGGUAAGACACACACACACACAUUCUGACACAACCAUACACAGAUACACCCUCCACAUACACACACACAUACUGACUGCACCAUAGCACAAUAACCCCCUCUCCCCCGUCUAGGUUCAGGUAUCCCAGAGAUGAAGACCAUUCUGAGGGGUGUAGUGCUGAAAGAAUACCUCACCUUUAAAACGUUUGUGGCCAAGGUUAUCGGCCUCACCUGUGCCCUGGGCAGUGGCAUGCCUCUGGGAAAGGAGGUAACACACACACACACACACACACACACAGUACACAGUCCUUUGACGCAUACACACACAUACACUGUUCUCACAGUCAGGCUUGUGUGAGUGUGUGUGUGUGUAGCUGUCACUUGUUUCUGCCAGUAUAGUACAGUCUGUUCCAGGAGUUAUGCAGACACACACUCCAUUUGA